CUGAGUGGGCGGGGCCUCCUGCCAGGACUUGAAGCCUCUCAGGCAGGGUGGGCAGGCGGAUCGCUGGCUGUGAAUCCAUGUGGCGGGUACCCUGGACCCUGGUAGCCCGGGCGGCACGUGGGCCUCGCAGACCGUGCACGCGCCAGGGCAGUGGCUCCUCAGCCCCCAGAUCCGGGUCCACCAUCUUCGCGCUGAGCUCGGGUCAAGGUCGCUGCGGCAUCGCAGUGAUUCGGACCAGCGGCCCCGCCAGCGGCCACGCCCUCCGGAGCCUCACGGCGCCGCGGGACUUGCCCCCAGCCCGCAGCGCCUGCCUGCGUCUGCUCAGAGACCCCUGUUCUGGGGAGCCGUUGGACCGCGCGCUAGUGCUCUGGUUCCCAGGUCCCCAAAGUUUCACGGGUGAGGACUGCGCGGAGUUCCACGUACAUGGAGGCCCGGCGGUGGUGAGCGGCGUUCUGCAGGCCCUGGGCAGAGUGCCAGGACUAAGGCCAGCGGAAGCGGGCGAGUUCACCAGGCGGGCCUUUGCUCACGGAAAGCUGAGCCUGACCGAGGUGGAGGGGCUGGCGGAUCUGAUCCAUGCCGAAACUGAGGCGCAGCGGCGGCAGGCCCUCAGGCAGCUGGAUGGAGAACUGGGUCACCUCUGCCGUGGCUGGGCUGAGACUCUCACUAAGGCUCUGGCCCAUGUGGAGGCCUAUAUUGACUUUGGGGAGGAUGACAACCUGGAAGAGGGCGUCCUAGAGCGAGCUGACAGCCAAGUGCAGGAGCUGGAGGUGGCACUUGGAACACAUCUUCGGGAUGCCAGGCGCGGGCAGAGGCUCCGCUCAGGAGCACACGUAGUGGUCGCUGGACCCCCUAACGCCGGCAAGAGCAGCCUAGUGAACCUGCUCAGCCGGAAGCCUGUGUCCAUCGUGUCCUCGGAGCCAGGGACUACCCGAGACGUGCUGGAGACUCCGGUGGAUCUGGCUGGGUUCCCGGCACUCCUAAGCGACACAGCAGGGUUGCGGGAGGGCAUAGGGCCAGUGGAGCAGGAGGGUGUGCGGCGUGCUCGCAAGAGGCUGGAGCAGGCUGACCUCAUUCUGGCUGUGCUGGAUGCCUCUGACCUGGCCUCUCCAUCCAGCUGCAACUUCCUGGACAUGGUUGUCAGCCCUGCAGGAGCCGAGAGCCCCAAUGGGAACAGACAGCGUCUCCUGCUAGUGCUGAACAAGUCAGACCUACUGCCCCCUGGGGAUCCAGACCCCAGUCCGGACCUUCCUCCACAUCUGCUCCUGUCCUGCUUGACAGGGGAGGGGCUGGACAGCCUCCUGGAGGCACUGAGGAAGGAGCUGGCUGCAGUGUGUGGGGACCCAUCCACAGGCCCACCACUUCUGACACGUGCAAGGCACCAGCAUCACCUCCAGUGCUGCCUUGAUGCCCUCGGCCACUACAAGCAAGCUAAAGACGUAUCCCUGGCUGCUGAGGCACUGCGGGUUGCCCGGGGGCACCUGGCCCACCUCACUGGUGGAGGGGGCACUGAAGAGAUCCUGGACAUUAUCUUCCAGGACUUCUGUGUGGGCAAGUAAAGAGACCGCUGAAAUUUGGACCAGGCUGGGUGGGCGCUCAGAAGCUUUGAGGCAUCUGGGAACAGCUUAGGCCAAGUGAGAUUCUUCUCUCCUCAGGGAAGAACUUGACCCCAAAAUGGUGAGUGAGCUCCCUGUUGCUGGCAAUGACCAAGCUCUAGCUGGUCACAUUCCCUUGCAGGGACUUGCUGGGGGUUCAGGCCCUGGAGUGGGGCUGAACAGAGGUCUUUUGGGGCACCUGAUGCCAGAGGAAUAACAAUGGAGGGUUGGGAGGGAGGUAAGAGGGUCUUAGGGGUCUUUGUUUCAUAGUUUUUAAUUUAUUUUGCAAAUACCAAAGAAACAUAAAAAACUUAGGUGAUCUAGAAAUGUUUAAAUGUGGAAAUCCACCCCCACUGGGGUCAUGGCUUAACUUGUGUCCUUUUAGAACUUUCUCUUGAAUGUAUGCAUACUUGUGGAUGCACCUGUAAAAGACAAAAAAAUUUUGUCUUGUAUUUUCUAUAUACACUGUUUAUUUAUUGCUCU